UGCAGAUUGCAACCCCCGCGUCUCACUCUCACGUUUGCGUGUAGGAGAAACUACGGUUGCCAUAAAAAAUUUGAAAGAUCAAGUGUUGGAUUUGUCCGUUCUGGGCUACUGUAGUAACAUAGUUCAACAUGGCGGACUCCUUAGAGAGGACCCGCUCCCUCCGUAGAUCAAUUCUAAGGUAAAGAAAACCUGAUUGUUGUAUUCAGGCGAUUAUGCACUAUUGUAUUCCAUUUCUGCCAGUAGAUCCUCAUAAAUGUUACACACUGGACCUAAAUAUAUCUCAGUGUCUACUUCAUCUUGUAUCCGUUGUUCUCCAAUCUCCUAGUUGCUUGCUGAUAAACAUAAAUCAAUAUGAUACUGCCAUUUCUGUCUACAGGUUAUUAUCUGUGUGCUACUUUAUUUGUACAUUUUAUGGACAGUUGUGUCACUAAAAAUAGAUAUUUUUGCUGUGAUUGAGCUGAUUGUGUUAGUGAUUAAAGAGUUUAAUCCUGCAGCAUGAUUUUCCUUUCCUUAUUAAACAAACAUUGAGAUGAUACAGUUGAAAUCUGGGGCGGAGGACUUGAUCUUGGUGUCACGUUUCCUCCCUCAUGCAGACUACAUUGUGUUGGCGCCAUCCUAAUCUUCCAACACUAACACUGUCGCUCAGGUAUUAACAGUGUCGUCACAAGUAGCCCAGCCGCGUUAUUAUCUGAGACGCUUCUGGGCCGUGCCGUGCCGUGCCGUGCCGCGUCUGUCAGGAUUGUCUGGAGCGGUCAGAUCCGGCGGACGCGGCGCAGCCUGAACGCGUCACGGCCGGCUGGAUUUUGUCUGUAAUCUUCUGAUCUUAUAAACUCUGCUGUCCUAAAAUGCUCACCAGCAAGACUUUACGACUAGUCGAGCAUAACAUGAAGUCUUGUCUCAUGAAAUUCUGCAGACUGCUUUGUUUUGUGUUGACUUUGCCUUUACACCUGAUGGAGCUCAUUGGACUGUACGGUAUGUACAAGCGUUUGUUUCCCCUACUUGCCUACAACGUAACAUUUUCAUACAACGAUAAAAUGCACGAAACCAAGAGGGAGCUUUUCCGAAACGUGGCCAAAUUUGCAAACUCCGACGGCACCCUCCGCCUGCUGGAGAUCGGCUGUGGCAGCGGUGCAAACUUCAAGUUUUACCCGUACGGCUGCACGGUGACCUGCACCGAUCCCAACCCGCACUUCCACAAGUACCUGCGGAUGAGCAUGGACGCGAACACGCAUUUGGCUUAUGGCGACUUUAUAGUCGUCUCCGGAGAGGACAUGCAGGGAGUGAAGGACGACUCAGUGGACGUUGUGGUGUGCACCUUGGUGCUGUGCUCCGUCCGCAACGUGCUGCGGGUGCUGCAGGAGGUCCGCCGCAUCCUCAGACCAGGUGGAGCCUUCUACUUUUUAGAGCACGUUGUCUCAGAUCCCUCCACCUGGACAUACUUCUUCCAGCACGUGCUGGAGCCUGUGUGGUACUAUCUGGGCGACGGAUGCAUGAUUACCAGAGCAACAUGGAAAGAUCUGGAGGCAGCUGGUUUCUCUGAACUUCACCUAAAACACAUUGAGGCUCCAGAGGUUACUCCCAUGAUAACGCCACAUAUUGUGGGCUAUUCCAUUAAAUGACUGCAGGGCAGACUUCACUUUGCCUGCUGCGGGGCUUCAGAAGGUAUACAGUCGUUAGAUCUGCUUAAAUUCUCAUUUACACUGAACA